CCUCAAUCUUGGAAUCUGACUAGUCCCAGAAUCCAGAUAUGCGAUCCUUGGUUCUGCGCAACGUCAUCCUCGCACAACAAACUUCGUUAUCUGUUGGGUUGAUUGGCCUGGAACUUCGCCAUCAAUAGUCGACGUCACUGAAUACGUUCAAACCGUUACCAACAUUUCAGAUCAUUACGGCUGCUGCAAUCGAACCGGUUCGAUUCCCAUCGAUAGGAGGCUGCUCUUAAUCCUGCCAUCCCGCCGAUCGAUCGAUCGACCAUCAAUCGUAAACUACAAUAACCAUACUACCAGAGCAAUGUCCACACCGUGCCCAUUCCGUAUUUCGCGGUCUGCCAGCGAUAAAUUGGCUCGCAAUGAAGCCUUUCGAGCGGUCAGAGAGAAUCUCAGGCGCCAGGAAUUGGGCUCCAAGGCCCCCAGUUUCUGUUCCUCGCACCGCUAUUCAUGCUCGAACGACGCGCAAGAGGCGUUCCGGCUGCACCGUGAUAUAAUACACACCUUGUUGCUACCCCUGUUCCUUCUCCAUAACCAGGCGUCUCGCGCGGCCCUCAGUAUCUUGCCCCCCCAUAAAGGGGCGGAGCCCGAGCGCGCUUUCCGUGGUGAAGCACGAGAUGCGUAUGCUUGGCUGCAUUGCAUCUUCAGUGAGGAGCAUGAUUGGUAUUUGACCGAGCGCUGCCCCGCCUGCAUUGUCCUGCACGUCUUGCAGUCAGAACCCACCAUCCGCUUUGUUGCCGUGGCAUGUCUCCUCUCCGGCGACUUGCUGAAUCCCGGCUUGGUCAAUUCCAACUCCAAUCGACGGCUACCCAACUUUGAAUUUUGGCUCGAGGCGCUCGAGACGGCGGUUUGCGAGGAUCCGUUUUGGGGUCCUGGCUGCUGGCCGGAUAUUGAGUAUCGGGCCUGUUCGCUCAUUCAAGGCAUCCAGAUGCUGCGACUGCAGUGUAUGCAAUGGCUGGGAUUUAAGGGAGACCGUCAGAGUUUGCAAUCGACAACGCAAUACAAGGCAAACUUUCGGUUCCAACGUGAUUUACCCCAGGCCCAAUCAGCCGCAAGGCCGUCCGAUUGCUUACAGCUGCCUCUCGGCAGUGCAGAUGAUUCCAAGCAACGCUCGAAGCUUGCUGCAAACCGGUGUUUUCAAUCACGGGCUGACCGCCCUCGGAGGUUUCACACCCGACGGGAAGUGAUCAAGCGUUACAAGAUCCGAUGGCAUGAGUCACAGCAUGACUCAUUCCGCGAGUUUCUGCUAGUAUGGACUGGUAUAAAUGAGCGGACUCCAAUAAUCGAGUCUCCGCACACUGUGAAACUCACCAUCAUGGCCUCCAAAUCUCCGCCACCAACUGCGUCCGCUAAACAGUUUUACUCGACAUCAUCGCCGUUCGAGGAACGAAUCGGGUAUUACCGAGCCGUCCGGCGCGGCCAGCAUAUCUUCGUCUCCGGCACCACUUCAGUCGACCCCGCAUCUCCCGCCCAUGCCCCGCAAAUCCUUUUCCCAAACGACGCUCGCCAACAAACGCGCGUGGCGCUCCAGGAAAUCAUCAAGGCAAUCCAAGCUCUCGGCGGCAAGGGCGCGGAGGACGUUGUCCGCGUGAGAAUGUUCGUCAGCCAACCUGAACACUGCACCGCCGUGGGCCAGGGUUUCACGGAAACCCUCGGUCGGGAAAGCCGACCAGGUGUUGGAGCAGCGGCGACAAUGCUGGUGGUGCGGGAUGGAUUUGUGGACGAAAGAAUGCUGGUGGAGAUUGAAGUGGAUGCCAUGUUGGAUGAUACUGAGAGUGAGACGAUUACGCUCACUCAGAACAAAUGAAACUUGGGCUGUGGACUGCAACAAAAUUUGUCUCGUCCUUCAGAAAGAGAUACUAUUGCCCAAGCUGGGAAGCGUAAAAGCUCCAGCGUACAUAAAUAAUCAAAAUAAUACAAUUAUUCAAGUAU